UUUUCGAUUCUCCUUUUUCCAUCUUCCCUUCCGCGCCGCAUUAAUAGAGCUCAGCGACCGCCACCGGCUUCUUCGCCUCCAACUCCAAUCCAAUCUCACCUUCUUUCUUCCCACCCAUUUCCAGCCGCCGCCGCCGCCGCCGCCGAGGUUCAUGGAGCGACGGAGGCGGGUCGCUGUGCUGGCCCUGGUGCUCCUGCUGCUCUCGGCUUGUCAUGGAAGAAGAGAGUUCUCUGUCAAUCACGAUCAGAGUCUUAUAUAUGACCAUACUCUUGCUAAGACCAUCGUGGAAUAUGCUUCGGCUGUGUAUAUGACAGAUUUAACAGCUUUGUAUACAUGGACAUGCUCAAGAUGCAAUGACUUGACUCAAGACUUCGAGAUGAGGUCUCUAAUUGUUGAUGUGGAGAACUGCUUGCAGGCAUUUGUCGGUGUAGCUCACAAUCUAAAUGCCAUAAUAGUUGCAAUCAGAGGGACUCAAGAGAACAGUGUGCAGAAUUGGAUCAAGGACUUGGUAUGGAAGCAGCUUGAUCUAAGCUAUCCAGACAUGCCAAAUGCAAAGGUGCACAGUGGAUUUUUCUCCUCCUAUAAUAAUACAAUUUUGCGUCUAGCUAUCACAAGUGCUGUGCACAAGGCAAGAAAGACAUAUGGGGAUAUUGGCGUCAUAGUCACAGGGCACUCAAUGGGAGGAGCCAUGGCUGCCUUCUGUGCACUCGAUCUUGCUAUCAAGCUCAGAAGCGACAAUGUUCAACUCAUGACUUUCGGACAGCCUCGUGUUGGCAAUGCUGUUUUUGCCUCCUACUUUGCCAAAUAUGUGCCAAACACAAUUCGACUGGUACACGGACAUGAUAUCGUGCCGCAUUUGCCACCUUAUUUCUCCUUUCUUUCCAAACUGACGUACCACCACUUCCCAAGAGAGGUAUGGAUCGAUGAUUCUGACGACAACACAACCGAACAGAUUUGUGAUGCCAGCGGCGAAGACCCAAACUGCUGCAGGUGCCUCUCCAUACUGAGUUUGAGCAUUCAGGACCAUUUCACAUACCUGGGAGUCGAUAUGGAAUCAGAUGACUGGAGCACCUGCAGAAUCAUCACAGCACAAAGUGUUGAGCGACUACGGAAGGAUCUCGCCAGCAACAUCAUCAUGACAAAGCACGGCGUCGAGGUCUCCAUUGUCGAGAAUAGCAUGCACAGACUGGAGCAGUUCCAUAUAGCAUACAACAUCCUGUUAACAUCAAAAUUUAUAGCAGAAGGUGGUGCCUUUUCUUUCUCUUGAAGAUGGGGGGUUCAGUUGGGGAAUUUCAUUCAAAUUGGGUUGUACAUUGUUCUUUCAUAGCCUGUGAAUAUGUAGGAAUGUAGACACGAAUUAUAGGCUCUAGAGUGUAAACUCUUGUCGGAUGCACGAAAGAUCCGUCUGUGUUUGCAUCUUGUAAAAAAUACAAUACCCAUGCAGAUAUCUAUACAGAUGUCUCCAAUCUGGGAAAUAAAGCAGAAUAAAUUGAGAACAUUGCCAUGAAA